AUGAGUGAAUUACAACAAUAUUAAGAAGACUUAGAAGAAGUUCAAGAAUGGUUAAAAACAGCAAAAAGACCAAAUAAUAUUGAGUAUUUGAACAAAAGGAUAAAAUUCUUGAACGAUUCUAUUAAGAUACUUCAACCAUAAAAAGUUGAAAAAGAUGAGUAGAUUGAGUAACAGAUGCCUUAGAUAGAUGAAUUAAAGUUUGAGAAAAUAACUAAAUAUGCUUUUGAGUAGGAGGAGAAUAAGAUAAAGAUAAUCAUCAAUAUGGAUGGUGUAGGUGAAUUACCUCCAAAAAAUAUACAAGUUGAUUUUGGGAAGAAUUGCUUUGAUGUUCGAAUUAUAGGGUAUCAUAAUGCAAAUCAUAGGUAAUAAUAUUUAAUAAUGAAGGUUACAAAUUAUAAAAACAUUUGGUGAGUUUCUUGAUAAAAUGAGUAGCUUUAAGGUAACUAAGAAUAAUAUUCAUAUUACAUUGAUUUUACCUGACAAAAAAUAAUGGACUCAAAUUAAAACUACAGAAAAUCUUGUAAAAAUUUAUAUUAAUUAGAGAUCGAUCAAAAAAAAGAGUAGAAAGAAAAAAAGAAAUAUGAAAAGGAUGGACCAUUAGAUGACAAUGUAAAAGGAGUUUUAGGUAUGAUGAAGGAACUUUAUGAGAGUGAUGAUCCUGAAAUGAGAGAAACUGUAAGGCAAUUUAUGAGGAAGACAGCCAAUUAGUAGAUGUGGAAGAAUUGA